AUGGUCGUCAAGAACACCCAAGCUGUCGCAAAGGCCACCGCGCCCCGUCUGCCGCCGCUCCACAAGCUGCGCGUCCGCAAGCCCGACCAGGCUGGCGCAAACCCUUGCAUCGGUGUCAUGUCUUCCGUCCUCGGAUGCUGGGCCUCGUCUGGAUACACGGCUCAGGGAUGUGCCGCCCUUGAACAACAACUUCGCGCAUGCAUGGACGCCCNNCCGUAUAAAGCCGGCCAAACCAAGAAGAGCUCGAUCAACUACCAUCUCUCGAGACUAUACCCCCAGAUCAUCGGUCCACACAAGCGAAACUAG